UGACACAGAAUCGUGUUUUUGUUAUUUCACACACUGCAUUGUCAAAGAAUGAUUUCAAAGCAUUGCAACCUGGUCAAUCGGUGCGAGACGAGGCGAUCAAUGCAUUUUUGCAGUUGCUGAUGAUACGCGAAAUGAACACUCGUCCAAUGAGAGGAGAUCAGAGGGAUCGUGGACAAGGAAACAUCUUCAUCAUCACAACAUUCUUCUUCACAAGGUUGAGGCUAUGUCACGAGCUUGGGAAGGCGAAUGAUGAAAUCACAGAGGGUUACAACGCCUUACGACGAUGGUUUCCUGCAGGGACGUGGUCAGAUCACGAGCGAAUAUUCAUCCCAGUGAACACGGGGCACCUAAACAAGGACAGCAAGGGGCAGAUUGAAGGCGUGCAUUGGAGUUUGAUGGUUGUAGAACCAUUUACCAAGAUGAUAAGGUUGUACGAUCCUAGACACGAUACACCUUCGACGUAUAUGCAAAUAGUCGCAGAUUUCUUGCGAUAUGAAUGGAAGCAACAGGGAUUUCAAGGAGGAGAGACCUGGCAGCAGGAAUACGUUCCUUCCAACAAGAUCCCCAAACAAACUGAUUCCGUGUCAUGUGGCAUAUUUCUGUGUGCGAUAGCUGACUGCCUGUCUGGUAACAUGGAAGUGAAUUCGUUUGGCCAAGGAGACAUCGACGAGAUCCGCAAGGCUAUAGAAACUUUAUUGAGAAACGUUUAUUUAUGCAAGAAGUGAACGUAGAGCAAUGAU